CAUUCAUUUUUUCACCUCCGAUUCUCGAACUCUAUUCUUCCUCGAUAUAAGUGAACUCCAGUUCUCCGUCAGCCACAUUUUUCCGGCAGCCUAAAGAGAGAGAAGCAUUGUCGUUGGUUACACUGGAAUGCUCGCAUCGGAUAUUGUAGCGUUGUCGCGGAGAUAACAAAAGUCUCAGACCAUUUCCGAUUCUCGGCUGAAUGAGCUCCCAUGCCGUUACUAGAUAUUGCUACUGGCACUCGUCUCAUUCCAGUAUGCCCUCCAACCUUCAUUAAAGGUCAAGUUUUAUCAGGUCCAUGGAAAACUGCUCAAUUCCCUAGAAGGGUAAAUUUUCAUCCGGGGCACUUGGUGACACAACGAAGUAAACUCCGGAUCAGAGCAACUGCAACACUUGAACUCAAUUGUUCUGUUCAGAAAGAAGAUGGUUUUAAUAAUUCAAAGUUUGCUGUUGAUUCAAGUCCCUCUUUGACACAGACUGAGUCUUGGAAAAAAGAUUGGGUCAAUUUGGAUGAAAGAGAAAGAUUGAGACGGAUGAGAAUUUCUAAAGCAAAUAAAGGAAAUACACCAUGGAACAAAGGCAGGAAGCACAGUGCAGAAACUCGUAACCGGAUCAGAGAGAGAACAAGGAUAGCAAUGCAGAAUCCUAAGAUCAAAAUGAAGCUAAUUAAUCUCGGUCAUGCUCAGAGUAAAGAGACAAGGUUCAAAAUUGGAAUUGGAGUGAGAAUGGGGUGGGAAAGGCGUCGUCAGAAGUUGAUGCUGCAGGAAACUUGCUACUUUGGGUGGCAGAACUUAAUUGCAGAAGCUUCUAGAAAAGGCUUUCUUGGUGAGGAAGAGCUCCACUGGGAUUCUUACAAGAUCUUGGAUGAACAGCUUCAGAACGAGUGGUCAGAGAUUGUCAAAGAAAGGAAAAGCAUACCACAGCCUAAAGGUAGCAAGAGAGCACCAAAAUCCCCUGAACAAAGAAAGAAAAUUGCAGCUGCCAUUGCUGCCAAAUGGGCUGAUCCUACAUACCGGGAGCGAGUUUGCUCUGGCUUGGCAAGGUAUCAUGGCAUAACGGAGGGAGCUGAAAAGAAGCCAAAGAGAAAGGCAAGUGGCAGUACACAGUCAAGAAGAAAGAGCCCCACAAAGAACAAAGCUAAUGAUCCAGACAAUUCUUCUAGUACUAAGACUGAAACCCCAAUUGAGCGAAGAAGGUCACAUAGACGUAAUGCACCCAUGUAUAAGGAUCCUAUGGCAAGUUUCAAGCUAGAAAUGAUCAAGAACAUAAGAGCACAAAGAGUGGCUGCAGAAUCUAGGAUAACUGAAACCAUUGAACAUGCAAGGCUUUUGAUUGCUGAAGCUGAGAAGGCUGCAAAAGCCCUUGAGAUUGCAGCAGUAAAAAGCCCUGUUGCUCGAGCUUCUCUCAUGGAAAGUAGGAAGCUUAUAGCUGAAGCAAUUCAAUCAAUAGAAUCCAUAGAGGGAACUGAUGUCACAUCUAAUGAGACUGACAGACAUCUCUCUGUUCACUCAACUGAACUAACUAUUGAGAUUAACGAAGAGAUGGGAUCAGGAAGUGAUGGUUCAAUCCAAGCUGACCAAAAAGAAGUCAAUGGCAGACAAACCGUUUCUGUAAGUGAAAGCAAAGACUUCAGUUUUACUAAUUUCACUUUACCGAGGAUUGUGAAUGGUGAGGAGAAAUUUCUGCUUCCAAGCUUAAGCAAUCAUGUUUCAUCAUCAUUGAACUUGGAAGAUCUAAUAAAGCUAGCAGAUUCAUCUAAACAACUUGAUCAGUUGAAACCAAACGGGAUUGACACAAACAAAAAGAUCAAUGGAGCCCAUUUUCAGGUAAAGGAGGAUGAAAUUCCUUCUAAACCUGUCACUGUAACCAAGAAAUGGGUUCGUGGGAGGCUUGUUGAAGUGACAGAAGAAGAUUCUUAAAAAUUGAUGAGAUUUUCCCUGUGCUUCCUCAACAUGCAGCUGAUGUGCAGCAGUUUGUUAUUGUAGCUGUUUUAUCCUGGAAUCUGGCAAUCUUAAUGCUUCAACUUUACUUCCUAGGAUUAUCUUUAGUAAGUAUAAUUGACAGCUUUUUUUGUCAUCUCUGCCUUGUCCAUAGUUGUAUCAGUUGGUAGUUUACCAGAGUUUAAUGUAACAUUACUAUUUUGGUUAACUUAACUUCCUUCCCCUUGAUUUCUUCUAUAUAUCUUGUCUUGCUUGUAACCAUUUAUGCAAACAUCCAGAAUUUUACAGGCUAUGAUUAAAAGAUAAUGGCAGAU